CUUCCCCCAGGCGGCGGGACCGGCUUCGUGGGCAGAGCCCUGACGCAGCUGCUGCGCAGCCGGGGGCACGAAGUGACACACGUGUCUCGCCAGGGGGGCGAGGGUCGCAUCAGCUGGGAAAAGUUGUCCCACUCUGGACUGCCCCUGUGCGACGCCGUGGUGAACUUGGCUGGUGAAAAUGUCCUCAAUCCUUUCCGCAGAUGGGGUGAUGCCUUCUGCCGGGAGGUCAUCAGCAGCCGGGUUGAGACCACCAAGACUUUGGCUAAAGCCAUUGCUGAUGCUGAACAGCCACCCCGAGCUUGGGUUGUCAUCACCGGUGUAGGCUAUUACCGCCCUAGCCCCACAACUGAGUAUACUGAGGACAGUCCGGGGGGGGAUUUUGACUUCUUCUCGCGCCUGGUGAGCUCCUGGGAGGCUGCAGCUCUCAUCCCUGGAAGCCCAGCUCGUGGUGUUGUGGUGAGAUCUGGUGUAGUUCUGGGCCGAGGUGGUGGCGCAGUCUCUCAAAUGCUCUGGCCUUUUCGUCUGGGACUAGGAGGCCCCUUGGGCUCUGGGCUCCAGCCCUUCCCAUGGAUCCACAUUCGGGACCUGGCUGGGAUUGUCUGUCAUGCCCUGGAGAGUGAGUGUGUGCAAGGUGUCUUAAAUGGUGUCUCCCCAUCCUCCUCUGCCACCUCCAAUGCCACCUUUGCUCAGGAGUUUGCUGCAGCCCUGGGGCGCCCAGCCCUGCUGCCGGUGCCUGCUUGGGCUGUGCGGGCUGUCUUUGGGGCAGAGCGGGCCAUCAUGCUGUUGGAGGGACAGAGGGUGGUGCCAAAACACACCCUGGAGAGCGGCUACCAUUUCAUCUUCCCUGACCUGUCUGGAGCUCUGAAGGACAUUGUGGCUUGAGGACUCCUUGGCUGGGCUGGGUUGGGCCCUGUUUUUGUGAGCUCCCUGGCUCACAUGCCAUCCACUGGGUGAAGGAGGGUGGCCCUGGCCUUUCUUGGCACUUCCCCAUCCCAAUACAGAGAGAUCGAGCUAUCUUUUCGCCUUCUGUGUCCCUUUGUACAUCCCCAGUUUGAGUCAUCCCUCUUACUGCCAUCUGCAAUAUCCACAUGACCUACUUUUGGGGAAGGUCACAAGCCCCUCUAAGGAUUGUGAUUUCUAAAUCUGCCAUCUUCCAUUUUCCACAGCGUGCAUGUGAGCUGCUUGCAGAGCAACGGGGGUGUGUAAUAUCUCCUCCCAUGAGAAACGGGGGUGACAGCAGGAAAGAGGUGUUCAGGUGUUGUAAUUCUCCUCCAUGUUACUGGAAGUCAAUCUGUCUGUUUCUCCCCAUGUCUUUCCCCAUGGUCACACAGAGACCAUUGUGCUCUUCUACUUUGCCUGUCUCAGUCUCAUAGAGAAUGGAGUUGUGGCCGUGGGAGAAGAUCCAUCUUGAGGGUGCACAAAGGAUGCUGGAUACGGAUGGCUUGGAGACUUUGUCAACUCCUUUCUUGUAGUGUCUCUGUGCUGGUACCAACUUGCAGUGUCAGAACCUCCAGUUGAGUCUAGGCCCAAGAGUCACACGCUUCCAGGGUUGCAUGACACCAAUGAAAGAGACCACUGCAUUGCCAGUGUGAAGGGACAAGGGUGACAGUGGGACUGUUGCCCCUGGACUGCUCUUGAGGCCUUGGGUAAACGUCAGCUACAUCUGAGCCUGUGCUGGGGAGAAACUGGGUGGUUGGUU